AUGUUUGGAAUUCUGGUACCGAGUAUUCAUUAUUGCGGAUUUUUCGGCACCUGGAAGCCGAAAAAGAGUGAAGGGGGGAAGCCGAAAAAGGAAAGCGAAGGCAAAAUAUGGGGUGCAGUUCACAAGCGAUCCAGACUCUGGGGAACCUUGGUUCUAGAGCUCCACUUCCUGUUAACCCAAGCUGUCGGAUCAGUAUACAAAUAUGAUGAUGUUUCCCCAGGUUUCUGGCCGGCGAUGCAACAAAUUUCAGUCCUUCAACUUGGCGGGAAUCCUUCUCCAGAUCUGACGGUCAACAUGAUCAAGCUCACACUCUACAGCAUCGGCGUAUGUCUGGUGAUAUGCGUCGGAGGCUUCACGUAUGGCUUUGGCUUUGCUAGCUUUGUCACGAGCAUGGGACAGCCAGGGUUCUAUGAGUAUUUUGAUCUCCAACCUGGGACGGCUUACACUGCAAGCAUCCUCGGAGCAGUCAAUGCACUCUAUUACUUUGGAGCCGCCGUGGGUGCACUUUUGCAAGGAUACGUGGCCGACUGGCUUGGACGCAGAUUGGCGCUUGCCGUCGCCGCUGGCUUUUCUCUCGUGGGAGGAUCACUUGCGGCCGGCGCUGUCAAUGUCCCUAUGCUUAUUACCGUACGGAUCCUACAUGGGAUAGGCCUGGGCAUGAUCAUCUGCCUGGUUCCGGUUUACCUGACCGAAAUAUCUCCAGCCAAAUGGCGCGGCUUCAUUGCUGGCUUGACUACCCUCAGCUUUUCCAUGGGUUAUGUCAUAUGCAGCUGGAUUGCCGUGGGCACAUACUUUUCCAAGAACCUCACUCUACAGUGGAGGCUACCACUAGCAUUGGCGGUUGCUCCUGCAGUGAUAGUUUUGUUGGCCACAGCUUUCCUCCCCGAAACUCCUCGUUAUUUGGUCUUUCGCGGAAGAUUGGACGAGGCAUGGGCACUCCUACAAAGGAUCCAUCAUGAUCCGAGUGAUGCCCAGGAAGCCGCAGCGAAAGCUGAGUAUACUCAGAUUGUUAAACAAGUCGAAUACGAAAAGGAAGUCAAUGUUGGAUUGAUUCAGAUCUUCAAGAAGCCCUCGUGGAGGAAGAGGGCUCUUCUUGCCAUGGGUGUUCAAUUUGCUUCACACUGCACAGGUGUUAACGGUAUUGCGGCCUAUCUACCCAUGCUUAUGUCUUCGCUCGGUGUCAGCGGAGUAAUGCCUCUUGUUCUGUACGGGCUUUACGUUACCAUUGGAACUUCUUUGGUGGCCGUAGUCAUCUCUUUUGUCGACAAAGUCGGAAGGAGAAGGCUGAUACUAAUUGGAUAUCCGUUGUUGGCCCUUGUUCUACUUACCGAGGCCCUUCUACAAUGGAAGUACCUUCAUUCUGACAACCGAGGUGGCCUCGCAGCCUGCAUUCUUUUCAUCUUCAUCCAUAUUGUCAUCUAUCAAGCAGUGGACGCCCCUACCUUUGUCUGGUGCGCCGAAAUAUUUCCCACCGUCAUUCGAGCGAAGGGCAUCUCUCUGUCCUUCUUCGGCUACUUUGUUGGAGCCAUCACCUUUACCACUCCGUCCGGGGUGGCGUUUAAGGAGAUCGGAUACCGCAUGUACCUCCUUUAUAUGGGGUUGUGCCUGAUUGCUUUUAUCAUCUUUUAUUUCUACGUCCCAGAAACUAAACAGGUGCCGAUGGAAGAGCUGGGGGCCUUGUUCGGUGAUGAGGUCGUUGUCCAUCUCACAGCAGAUGGCCGUGGCAUUGUGGAAGAACAAGUCGAUAAAGCUGUUCAAAUCGUCGACACAAAGGAGACUGACAGUACCGUUUUCAUAACCCACGAUGAGAAAGCGUAG